UUGGCGGCGGAAGAGGCGGGGAGGUGGGGGUAAGGAGGCGUGUCAUUGGUGAGGUCCCGGGUUCUGGUUACAAAGGUGGGCUUAGAAGGAAGAGGAGGCUCUGCUGAGGUGGUCCAUGGCGGAGAGAAAACAGGAACUUGUGACAGUUUGCACUCAAGCCAGUUAAGAAGUCAUGUUACAGUUUGAAGUGGAGAGGAAAGACCAUUUGAGAUCCAGAGUACCAAUGUAAAGCAUACCGGACAGGGAGUCUGUAAAGCUCACUUGCAACCGAGCAAGAAGGGGGCCAAGCACACUUCCCUUGGCAGGGAGUUCCUCAUAGGAGGCCAUCAUAAAAAGGUCCUGUCUGUUGUGACCUCCACCUAAUUGACUUUACUGGCUGCUCCACAAUGGAUGGAGAAGGUAGUGCAGACCUUGUGAUUAACAAAAGGUUUGUCUCUGAAGCGGAGAUAGAAGAGCGGCGCAAGCAACGACAGGAAGAAUGGGAGAAGGUUCGGAAACCCGAAGACCCCGAAGAAUGUCCCGAGGAGGUGUACGACCCCCGGUCGCUCUACGAAAGACUCCAGGAACAGAAAGACAAGAAGCAGCAAGAAUUUGAGGAGCAGUUCAAGUUCAAAAAUAUGGUCAGAGGCCUGGAUGAAGAUGAGACCAAGUUCCUUGACGAGGUCUCUCAGCAGCAAGCACUGAUAGAAAAGCAGCGUAGAGAAGAAGAUCUAAAAGAGCUGAAUGAGUACAGAAGCACUUUGUCAAAGGUAGGGGUCAGUGCUGACCCAAAGAAGGAGGCGGAGAAGAAACUGUCAUUGAAAUCGGCAGAAAACAAGAGCAAGUUCUCUCAGGCCAAGCUGUUGGCAGGAGCUGUGAAACACAGAAGUUCAGAAGGUGCCAACAGUGUGAAAAGAUUGAAGCUUGAUCUGGAUCCCGACCAUGACAAGGCUCCAGAAAAGCCCUCUUGCGUUCCUCUGAGCAGCAGCUCCCUGAGCGGCUCUGCCCUCCACUGUCCUUCGGCUGCCGUGUGCAUUGGGAUCCUGCCUGGCCUUGGGGCCUACUCUGGAAGCAGCGACUCUGAGUCCAGCUCAGAUAGUGAAGACUGUGUUCAGUUUGGGAGGGAAUUCAGAUGGGGGAACGUCUCCAAUAAGCUUCCAUCCAGAAACGCAUCGAUUGGAACAAAAAAGACUUGAGGAUUCUGAGGUUCAAGUUACAAGGACAGAAGACCCUGCUGUUAAAAAAAAAAAAGAUUUCAUGAAUGGAAAGAUUAUGCUGGGAUGUUGCAAGUUGGUUUUAUAAAGACACAUUCUUGGGGCAUAGAUGUCUGGCAGGCAUCGGCAUGUGGGUUGGCUCUCUGUUUUUAAGUUUUUAAAUCUUGUUUUUAUUGUAAUAACUGAGAAACAGGGAGAGAGCAAAAUCGAGCAGAUGGUAAGAUAUGGAUUGCCAUGACACUGUAACAAAGUUUUAGUGUUGCAUCUGAAUAAAGAAAUCCUGAAUGCAUUUUUUUA